CAUUUUUUUAUUUAAGCUUAAUCUUCCUGCAAAAUCCCUUUUGCUAUUUUAUUACUCUUUUCAUUCGCUUCUUCAUUCCAAACGACAUCAAUCUUUUCUUUUCUUAAUUCUCUCAUCUCAUUCAUCCUUCCUCUACCAUAAUAGCUAUGACUGCACAGAUGUACUCCGCCGAGGUGCCAAACAGUCCGGAUAUUCCUGGGGAAGGAAAGCCCAGACGUAGCAUCCUCUGUCCUGAAAAGUUAGUUCAGAGCUAUCAGUCUCACAAAGGCACCAACCAGAUCACUACUCUUUAUGAGAAUUUCCUGGAAGGCGUCCAGCGUUCAGAGGGUGGCUCCUUUUUGGGAACGCGCCCUAUUGUUGAUGGUGUCGCUAAACCAUACGAAUGGAUGUCCUAUACUCGCGUGCAGGAGCGCGUGACGCAUUUUGGGGCAGGCCUGGCCCACCUGGGAGUGACCAGCCAGUCGAAUUUCGGCAUCUUUUCUAUCAAUCGAGCUGAAUGGACGAUGAGUGAGCUUGCAGGAUACAUGUACAACUACAAGUCUGUUCCACUUUAUGACACCCUUGGGGUUGCAGCCAUUGAAUUCAUUGUCAAUCAGACUGAGAUGGAGACCAUCAUUGCAUCCGCCGACAAGGCCUCGAUCCUCCUGCAUAUCAAGUCGUCUCUUCCCACCCUCAAGAAUAUUGUGGUCAUGGGCGCAAUUGACGAUGCUCUCGUGGCCGAAGGCAAGGAGUUGGGUGUUCAAAUAGUGGUCUGGACCGAUGUGGAGCGAAACGGACGAGAGAAACCCGUUCCCGUCAACCCUCCUACGGCCGAUGAUAUUGCGACCAUCUGUUACACCUCUGGCACCACUGGCGUACCAAAGGGCGCGGUUUUGACUCACAGAAACUUUGUUGCGGCCUUAAGCUCAUUCCAACUGUUGUCCAAGCAUCAAAAGUUCUUUAUACCUUCUACCGCUGACACCCAUAUCUCAUACCUCCCAUUGGCUCACGUUUUUGAGCGCAUCAGUCAAAGCAUUAUGAUCUCGGGGGCAGCACGUAUUGGAUAUUAUCAAGGUGAUACCCUCAAACUCUUGGACGAUGUUGCUGUCUUACAGCCAACUAUUUUUAUAUCUGUGCCCCGUCUUUUCAACAGAAUUUAUGACAAAGUAUUGUCGGGCGUUAAAGCCAAGGGAGGUAUUGCGGCUUUUCUCUUCAACCGUGCAUAUCAAGCUAAAAAGGCCAAUAUGAAACGCGGCACUGUAGAGCACCCUCUAUGGGACCGCCUGGUCUUUGGUGCAAUCCGGGCUCGCCUCGGGGGCAAGGUCAAGCAUAUUGUUUCCGGCUCUGCUCCUAUCGCUCCCGAUGUCAUUGAUUUCCUACGUAUCUGCUUUAGCGCUGAUGUCUACGAAGGCUACGGUCAAACUGAACAGGCCGCCGGCUUGGCCAUAAGCUAUCGUGGCGACCUGACUCCCGGUCAGGUUGGCCCUCCGCAAUUGUGUGUUGAAGUCAAACUGAGAGAUAUCCCCUCUAUGAAUUACACUAGUCAGGACAAGCCAUUCCCUCGUGGUGAGAUCAUGCUCCGCGGCUAUUCUGUCUUCACUGGAUACUAUAAGAAUCCGGAGCAAACUGCAGAGGUCUUAGAUGCAGAUGGAUGGGCCAGCACUGGAGAUGUCGGUCAAUGGGAUGAUCGUGGACGUUUGGUUGUGAUUGAUCGUGUAAAGAAUAUUUUCAAGUUGGCUCAGGGCGAGUACAUCGCACCAGAGAAGAUCGAGUCCGCCCUUGCUAAGCAUUACUUGGUUGCUCAAAUCUUUGUCUAUGGUCAUUCGCUCAAAUCAACAUUGGUAGCCAUUGUUGUUCCUGAUGCAGAAACACUCAAGACAUGGGCGAAUGAUAAUGGACUGGGUAAUAAGAGCUUCGAGGAACUUUGCGCCCUGCCCAAGGUUAGAGAGACACUUCUCAAGGAAUUAAAUGCAUUUGGACGUGAGGUAGAUCUGAAGGGCUUUGAGAUCCCAAAGAACAUUCAUGUCACCUCGGAGCAGUUCACGAUUGAGAACGACCUCUUGACACCAACAUUCAAGCUGAAGAGACAUACUGCAAAGGAGAAAUUCAAUGUAGAAAUUGAGCGAAUGUACCAAGAAGGGAAUUAAAAACAAAAAAAGAAAGCGGAUGGAUAGAGAUGGAGAAUGCUGACAGAUAGGCUUUACCAUAAUUGACAUUAUAUUUCCCAAAAU